GUGGUGCGGACCGUGCCGGAAGUCGGUCCUGAGACGGGAAGCGGGGACCCUCGCGGAGUGGAUCUCUGGGUGAACGUGGCGUCCCGCGAACUGGGAAGGCCUGGGCGGGGCCUGGUUCGCGAGUGUCCAGUGCCAGGUGCGGCGAGCCGCGGGGACAUGGACAGUCGCCUGCAGGAGAUCCGGGAGCGGCAGAAGUUGCGGCGGCAGCUCCUCGCGCAGCAGUUGGGAGCUGAGAGCGCCGACAGCAUUGGGGCCGUAUUGAACAGCAAAGAUGAGCAGAGGGAAAUCGCAGAAGCGAGGGAGACCUGCAGGGCUUCUUAUGACACCUCUGCUCCAAAUGCAAAGCGUAAGUGCUUGGAUGAAGGAGAGACUGAUGAAGAUAAAGUGGAGGAAUAUAAGGAUGAACUAGAAAUGCAGCAGGAGGAGGAAAAUUUGCCAUAUGAAGAAGAGAUUUACAAAGAUUCUAGUACUUUUCUUAAGGGAACGCAGAGCUUAAAUCCCCAUAAUGAUUACUGCCAGCAUUUUGUAGACACUGGACACAGACCUCAGAAUUUCAUCAGGGAUGUAGGUUUAGCUGACAGAUUUGAAGAAUACCCUAAACUGAGGGAGCUCAUUAGACUCAAGGACGAGUUAAUAGCAAAAUCUAACACUCCUCCUAUGUAUUUACAAGCCGAUAUAGAAGCUUUUGACAUUAGAGAACUGACCCCCAAGUUUGACGUGAUUCUCCUGGAGCCUCCUCUGGAAGAGUAUUACAGAGAGACUGGCAUCACCGCCAGUGAGAGAUGCUGGACGUGGGAUGAUAUCAUGAAGUUAGAAAUCGAUGAGAUUGCAGCACCCCGGUCAUUUAUAUUUCUCUGGUGUGGUUCUGGGGAGGGAUUGGACCUUGGAAGAGUGUGUUUACGCAAGUGGGGUUACAGAAGAUGUGAAGAUAUUUGUUGGAUUAAAACCAACAAAAACAAUCCUGGGAAGACAAAGACUUUGGAUCCUAAGGCUGUUUUCCAGAGAACAAAGGAACACUGCCUCAUGGGGAUCAAAGGCACCGUGAAGCGAAGCACGGACGGGGACUUCAUCCAUGCCAACGUCGACAUUGACUUGAUCAUCACGGAAGAGCCCGAGAUCGGAAACAUAGAGAAGCCCGUGGAGAUCUUCCACAUCAUCGAGCACUUCUGUCUCGGUAGAAGACGUCUCCAUCUGUUUGGAAGAGACAGUACAAUUCGACCAGGCUGGCUCACAGUUGGACCGACGCUCACGAACAGCAACUACAACGCAGAGACCUAUGCAUCCUAUUUCAGUGCCCCUAACUCCUACUUGACUGGCUGCACGGAGGAAAUCGAGAGACUUCGACCAAAGUCGCCUCCUCCCAAAUCCAAGUCCGAUCGGGGUGGAGGCGCUCCCAGAGGAGGAGGAAGAGGGGGGACUUCUGCUGGCCGCGGUCGAGAAAGAAAUCGAUCCAACUUCCGAGGAGAAAGGGGUGGCUUCCGGGGAGGCCGAGGAGGAGCGCACAGAGGCGGCUUCCCCCCUCGGUAGCGUUCUGGGACGCCCGUCCGGGUCCUGCCCCCGGCCUUGGGGUGGGAGCCCCCCUUCAGGACUCGUCCCGCCCGCCCUUGCCUGGCUGCCCUGCCUGCCAGGAGCGCCUGCCGACUUCCCCGCAGCUGCCACGCGCCCGUCUGCUGGGGAGCAGUCAGCCUGUGUGGCGGGCACGUCCCUGAGCGGGAGGAGCAGCACUGGCAGCCUCCCUGUCGGAGCUCGGAGGCUCGAGGCUGGGUCCCCUCCGUUUCAGACCGUCCAGCGGCUUCUGCUUUCUGGGAAUGGCUGGGAGCGAGAGGCCGGUCUGCAGUGUCGGCCGAGUGACGGGAGUCUACGGGCAGGCGGGAAACUGCUUAAGCCAUGAUGGAGUGGGGCGCUCGGCGCUCCUGCUGGGGCUCAGCAUUUCCUCGUUGAAGUAGUGAAAGUGCAGACUGCAGUUUACUUUCUUUUAAAAAGACUUUAAAUAAAUUCAGGUGUAAUUUGAGUACUGAAGAAAUUGAGAGGCUUUGAACAAAAUCCCUUCCCUCCAGGUCUGAAUCUGAGAGGCAGGGUGGACGGCCAGGGCAGGACAAGGAGGAGGCAGGCUCAGCAGGCAGGCAGACGAGGCCGCCCGUCCUCCUGAUGGCAGGACAGAGCAGGCUGGAAGUCCCCUUUCCACAGCAAGUGAAAGCAGCCGAGGCACCAGUGGAGACCCUGGGUCGCCAGGCUGGGCCUGCGCCCCGGGCAGUACUCGGAGGUGAAGGAAUGAGGAAUAGCUUGUGUGCAGACCCUUCGCGGACACAGCUGCCCUGGGUCAGGCCCAUGUUGGCCCCGUGCUGUCGCCUGAGACUUCGUGCUCUCCUUUCUGUACCGUGACUCGUGUUUAAGGGAAUUGGAUGAAUGAAAUGAGACCUUUAUUUUGUUAUUUUUCUAAUGAAACUAUAAAUCUUUGAAAUUUGA